UGGGCAGGGAGGGCUUUGGGCUGCCAUCUUCUCUGUCCCUGUGGUCGAAGGAUGGUACUGGUGAUGCCAGCUGACGGAUCACAUCGUGUGAUCGCACGAGUACUCGAUGCCAUGCCUGGUGCACAGUAGGUGCCAUAGAAAUGCUCCUUCCCUUCCCCGUCAGCAGCCGGCCCCAAUCUUCCAUAUAUGGCGUGGAGCACCCUUCCUCUUCCCCCCCGAGCAGGUCAGCUUGGUAUUAGGCAAGCUUUCGUUCAAUGGGCAAGGUGCCAACCAAGAUAGUGAUGUGCCCGAACAGUGGAUCUCGGGAAGGGGGGUCGCAUUAAAAAUAAAUACAGAAAAGCCUGGUGCGGGCUGGCAGGAUUUUAAGGCCCGCCUUAGGAAUUUACAUCUUUGCCUCUGGAGCAGGGAGCCACAAGGUCAGGCCAGCAGGGAGGGCCGGAAAAAGGCCAGGGGGAGGCAGGGGGACCCAUGAAAAGGCUGUGGGGGUAAGGGUCCUGAGUGAAAAGUGUUAGUGGGAGUGAAAUCGAAGUGCUGGCUAUGUGGACAUGGGGAGAAGGUCCAGAUCCGCCUGGUACCUGCCUGGUUCCGAGAGGAGGGCCAGAGAAGUCAGUGUGGAGGAGGAGGCAGACACCAGGAACCUUCCUUGGCUUUGGAGAGAUGAGAGUACCUUCGGGGGGCAGACAAAAGCUUUCAGGGCAGAAGCCCCCGAGUUCUAUUUUGCCCACGCUGACCCUGAGGAGAUGUGCAAGUGGGGAGAGACUGCCGGCACGUGAUUGGAAGUAUGGGGCCGGGAGAAGAGUUCUGGCUGGGGGGCUGCAUCUGGGGAGGGCAUCUGCUCGUGGGUUAACAUACCCAGGAAGCAAAUCUUCCUGGGGGGCAAGCCAGGAGAGAAAAGGAUCUGGGACUAGGGCUUUUGGGGAAGGGGGCGGGCAGGAGGUGGAGAGCAAUCAAAAAAAGGAGACUGAGAAGGAAAUCAGAUAGGGAGGAGAGAACAUCGAUGAGUGAGGGCCAGGAGAUAAUUUCCAAAAACUGCCAAAAGAUCACGAGGCCCAAGAAAGAGCAGUUAGGGUAUACGGAUUGUCGAGCAUGGAGAGCCAGCGUCAAGCCUUCGGGAUGCCACGCACUCUUAAAAAUAACUGGGGCUGUGCCAAGGACAGGCUUUGAUAUGGGCUCUGUUGAUACUUCCUUUCUUAGAUCUGAAAAUGUCUCGGUAUUCUUGUAGACUUGUUUUGACUUGUUGGACCCCCUGAAAAGGGGCUCUGGGACCUCAAGGAACUAGAGAACUAGUGAUGGCUAGCAGUUGGACUGGCAAGCAGAUGGCAGGGGCUAAGGAUCGGAAGGGAAUGGAAGCAGCAACUGUUUGGUGGGGAUUUUGUGAUUACUUUGUGUUUUUUUCCAGUUAACAAGUCUUUAUUUUCUCUCCCCUCCUCCCCCACACGGGAAAAGAAAACUCCAAACAAAAAGCAUGGAAUGGUUCUGACACUGGCCACAGGUUCUGUAGCUUCAGGUCUUGGCACCUGCCUCCCUACUGCAGCUUCUUCUCCGAGAUCAAAGGGGUGAUUAGAAAGCUCAGUAAAGUAGGACAGGAAAGCCUCCAUUGGGGUGAGGGCUGAGUCUAGAUCUCAAGGGAGGUGCUUGAGCAGAAAGGAUGUCUGGAGGAGCUGCUGAAGGGAGUUGGGAUCGGGGAACGGGCAGUUUGGGGCACCGGGCCAAGGCGUGCCAUCGCUUAGCCACCAAGCGUUUCUUGAGGAUUGGCCGAAAUCACGUGCCCCCUACGUGUCUGCCCUUACUGCCUUUUCCCCAGAGGCUUUCCACAUGCCAGGCAGUGUGCAGUAUGUUGGAUCUGUCUGUCCCUAUUCUGACCGGCAGCCAUGCUGGGAAUCAGAAGUAAUAUUAGGGGUCCAACUAGACCAGCAGUGAACUCCCUAGAGACACCGAAUGGGGAAAGAGCCUUGAAGUCAGGAGUCUCCGGUUUCCAGUGCUCUGGUUCUCAUCUGCUGGCGACCAGAUAUUAGGGACCUGGGGCCUGACCAUCACGCCCUUCCAUUACCUCUCCUUACAGUAUGCCAAGUGUACCCAAUUCUCAACUGGAUGGAUGGAGGGCUCGGGGGAGCCCCCUACACGGCCACAGGUUGGGCCUACGGGAAGGCGGGGCUGUACCCAGCCUCUGCCCUGGCCCCGGCUGUUCGAGAGGCCUCUCCACAGCCAGCUCCUGAGGGCCCUGAUGUGAAAGGGAGCCCAAGGGGCUUCCUGGAGACCUUGAAGACAGAGCGAAUGAGUCCAGACCUGCUCACCCUGGGUGUCCCAGCGGCCGUGGGGCCCCCCCACUAUGUGGCAGCCAGUCCUCCUGACUUCACCACCGCUGCCUUCUUCUCACCUGCCGGAAGCCCCCUCUCAGUGGCAGGUGGAGGUAACGCCUACUCUCCGAAGCUACGUGGGGCGCUUCCCCUGUCUCCCUGUGCAGAGGCCAGAGAGUGCGUGAACUGUGGAGCGACGGCUACCCCGUUGUGGCGUCGAGACGGUACCGGGCACUACCUGUGCAACGCUUGUGGCCUGUACCACAAGAUGAAUGGACAGAACCGUCCCCUCAUAAGGCCCAAGAAGCGCCUGAUUGUCAGUAAGCGAGCAGGUACCCAGUGCACCAACUGCCAGACGACGACGACGACCCUGUGGCGGCGCAAUGCCAGCGGGGAGCCCGUGUGUAACGCUUGUGGUCUCUACUACAAGCUGCACAACGUGAACCGGCCACUGACCAUGCGCAAAGAUGGCAUCCAGACCCGGAACCGCAAGGUGUCGGGCAAAGCCAAGAAGAAGGCCCGGGUGGGCCAGGCCCUGAUGGCCGCCGGGCAGGGGACAGCAGCAGCAGCUGCAGUGGCGGCGGCCGGCCCAGGGGACCUGGCCACUGAACCGCUCUACCCGAGCCUCGGGCCCGUGGUGCUCUCAGGCCACAUGGCCUCAGUAGGGCACCUGGUCCCCUUUCCCGGGUCUGCGGCCCCCCUGCUCGGGGGCACGGGCGCCCCCUUUUCUGGGGCCGCGGGGGUGGUCUCGGCCCUGGGCUCUUGAAGAAGGCGAAGGUGGCAGGCGCGCCCCGCCCUUGGCUUUGGCCUAGGCCGAGUCUGCUGCGGUAGACUACGCUAGGCCCCGCCCCUCCGGCCCUAAGCCCUUUCUGAUUGGGCCUGCUCGCUCCCUAUCCUGUGGCUUGACGACAAUAAACUUGUUGCUCCCCCA